CUGAAGUACCCACCGUCCCACCCCGACCCACAUCCAAUGCGCGCAACCCCUAUCUCUCCCCCGCUGCGCCGUAUCCGUCACUGCGGCGCUUCCCCCUCCCUCCCCCGCCUCACCCACGCCCACAAACCCCCUAUACCUCGGCGCUUUUACCUCAUCACAUCCCCGCUGACUCAGCCUCGUUCCACCAAUUUUGCCAUCGGUUUCUGAGAGUGCUGGGAAUAGAAAUGAGAAGAGGGCUGCAUUUCAGCCUGCAUUAUUGCUUCGAGUGUGGUCUACUGAAGAUUUGGGUCUUGUUAAUUACAAUUCAAUAAGUAGGAAACAUGAGCUACUUCCAAGCUACAACAUACAAGCCUCAUGGUGGGCUCACUUUGGACAGGCCAGUAGCGGGCCUUGGAAGAACUUGCAAACUACUUCGUCAACAUUCUGUAAGCCUGCGUUUUUCUAGAUCUUGCAAUCUGCAAGAGAAGGUAUAUCCAAGGCUCCUGGUUGCUGCUUUCCAUAAAAGGCUUAGUCCUGUAUAUGCCUCAAGUGGGAAGCGAAACCUUGAUUUUGUCAAUGAUCAAUUUUCCAUGGAAUCUUUGAAUAAAGCAAUGGAUGAAGCGAAAAAACAACGGUCCAUACAAGACUUGCUGAUGGAGAAAAUGGCUAAACUUAUGGGCCAAGGUUCUGGCGGAAAUGGUGGAAAUAUUAACCGUUAUGGAGGCAGUGGUGGUGGUUCUGAUGGCCCAGAGGAUGAGUCUUUCACGGAAUCAUUAUAUGAAAUGGUCCAAGUUUUGUUAGCUACCAUCGCUUUUAUACUCACGUAUAUCCAUAUAAUUAGGGGAGAGGAGUUGUACCGCCUUGCUAGGGAUUACACCAAAUAUCUCGUCACUGGCAAGAGAACAUCCCGGCUGAAGCGUGCGAUGCUUAACUGGCGUGAUUUCUCAGAUAGCAUCACAAAGAAGGAUAGCACACAGGAUGUUGUGUCUGGAAGCCCAAUUGCAUCUGAACCCAUGUGGUGGCUACAGCCGCAGAAGUUUGUUAACCAUUUGGGGGAAUUUUUCAGAAGCAACUUGCGCCCACAUACCCAGGAAUCUUAGCUCCUGACAUUCCACCAUCGUGUCUGAAUUUUCACCUUGGAAAACCUCUCGUUCCAAUCAUGUAUAGGCCAGAUCUAGUAGCAUGGGUAAGGCAGUGAAAUUCAUCGACACAACUAGACGGUAUGCUGUUGUUUCUUGUGGAUGGUGAUUCUCGCCUGGUGUAGUGAAAUUCAUAUGCUGUCUGUGUCCUGUAUUAACCACAGAAUAGAGUGGAGGGGAAGGAGUUGUUCUGGUCAGAUUUGUAGGUCAUGAAUCAUCCGCUGCUGCUGGGAUCGUCUGCUCGUGAAUGGGGUGCAGGUGGCAACUUGAAUGCUGAAUCUGAUGGACCAGAACUGCAAAGGCCCAAGUACUAUUAAAUCGAUGCAGCAAAGAAGUGUACUGUCAUCUGUCAGAAAAGUUGUGCUCACUGUAAUCACUGAAUUUGUUAUGCAGCUUCCUUUGUUAGGUUGCUUUGCACUCCCACGAUAGUUCAGUUCGUUGCGCUUUGUUGGCCUAUUUGAGUUAACGACUUGUAAGGUAACCUUAAUUUGCUGUCUUUAUCUAUGUACUGCUCUCUCCGUUUCAUAACUCUUGUUUCAAAUUUGCUCAAAAAUGGAUGUAUCUAUUUCCAAAAAGUGUCUAGAUACGUGUAAGAUUUUAACAAGAAUUAUGGAACGGAGGUAGUAUAAUAUAUCACGUGUUGUUGGACUC